AUGGAGCUAGUAGAGAUGAAGACCAAACAUGGUAUGGUGCAGAAUACCUUCAAUUGGAUUAUCUGCGACAGUAGGGCGAGAGUGUCGGCUACUGUGGCUCUGACAAUCGUGCAGGGCGGUCCGGUAACAAUGAUAUAUGGUCGAAUCCUCAUGUUCUUCCUGGCUGGAGCCUGCGCCCUAACCCUGGCUGAGUUGGCAAUAUGGCUCAGCCGAGCACAAAGUUACGCCUGUGGGAUGGCUAACAUGUUUGCAUGGAUUGCUAUUUGCACAGGCGUGGUCAUCAUCCCGUCACAACUCAUAAUCGGUGUCCCAUGGCAUUAUUUCAUCCUCCACCAGGUGAUCAGUGCCUCGGUUCUAUGCUAUUGUCAUCUUCUCUUGUACAAAACUCUCUGGAUCCAUGAUGCUUUCUUCGUAACUCUGGCCUCAUUCUUCAUUAUUGUAAUCUUCUGCUUUGCCCUACUUCUCCUGACUUCCAGCCCAACACGCAUGCACGGUCUCGUCUUACCCAACCACAUGUACGCUGGUAUUGACGGCGUAUUGCAUCUGGCAGAAAAGUGUAGGGAUGCAGCGAAGGUGGUUCCACGUGCGUUGUUGAGAACACUUGUGAUCAGCUUUGGUACAUCCUUUGCCUUUCUCGUAGCCAUGUUGUACUACAUAAGUGACUUUAAUGCAGUAGUUUCUGCUGCUACUGGUGUGCCCAUCUACGAAGUUUGGUAUCAAGCAACCCAUUUAACUACCGCAGCCACCGUCUUCAUCGUCCUACUUUGUCUCGCAGCGGUCUUCACUCUCAAUGGUGCCCAUGAGACAGCCUCUCGUCUUCCCUGGUCUGUAGCCCGCGGCAACGCCCUCUUCGGCAGCUGUUGGAUGGGCAAAAUGCACGAAAGUUUGGAAGUGCCGGUCUGGACACUCCUCUUUAACUUUUCUGUCAUAUUCCUCAUUGAGUGCAUCUACCUGAGCUCAUCAUCAGCCUUCAACGCUUUUAUCGCUACAGGCCUGACUCUACAGCACGUGCCCUAUGCCUUUUCCGCACUAUCGCUACUAUGCCGCAGACGCGAAAGUACCCGGCUACCGAGCAGUCAUACAUUCAAAUUGCCCAGCAUAUUCGGAUGGGCUGCUAACAUCAUUACCGUGUGCUUCGCUAUCCUGGUCCUGGUUUUCUAUAGCUUCCCAGCGACAAUGCCUGUGAUGGGGAGCAACAUGAAUUAUACAGCUGCGGUGCUCGGUUUCAUGACUAUUUUUGCCGUGAUCAACUGGGUCUUUCAUGCAAGGCAGUGGUAUCAAGGCCCUAGACUUCAUGUCUCCCCUUAG